AUGGGCAGCACUGCAGAAGGCUGGGACAUCUCCAUCCGUGGUUCUUGGCAUCCUCCUCACGAGGAGGAGGAGGAAGAAGAGGAAGAGGAGGAGGAGGAGGACUGGGCAGAGGAGGACUGGACGGAGGAGGUGACCACAAACACUAUGGGCAGCACCUCAGAAGGCUGGGACAUCUCCAUCCGUGGUUCCGAGCAGGACUAUUAUUUCGGGGGUUCCACACUUGACCUGUGCAUCAAGGUCUACCCAGAAGCAGAAGUGGUCCCCGAAGUGGAAGUCGUCCCAGACCACUACGAGGACAAAGAUGAGGUGCUGUACCCUGACAUCCAGCUGCUGCCACCUUCCACCCCUCGACACACGUUCACCUGUCCCCAGUGUCGCCAAAGCUUUUCACACAGCAGCUUCCGCCCCAAUUGGCAACUGGCCAACAUGGUGCAAGUCAUCCGCCAGAUGGAACCUGUCCCCAGUCAGGGCAUCUGCCCCAAGCACCAGGAGGUCUUGAAGCUCUACUGCGAAGUGGACAAGGAGGCCAUCUGCGUGGUGUGCCGGGAGUCCCGAAGUCACAAACAGCACAGUGUGGUGCCUCUGGAGGAAGUGGAGCACGAAGCCAAGGAGAAAAACGAAAAAAAUGGGUGCAACCUUGCAUUCUGA